AUGGCCACCAUGGUGCAGACUGCCGGGGGCGUGACCUCCCCUCACCUGAAAGAAGGUAUGGUCAUUGACGUGCAGGAGAUUCCACAUGGCGCCCGACCCGCGCUCCUCAUCCUGCACAACGAGGGCGAGGAAAGCAUUGUAGACACAAUUGCCGAUGUUUUGGGACAGAGAUGGGAGUUGGCGUCGUCGAUAGAGGACGCGCUGGCCGGCCCAAAGGAAACAGUGUAUGGGUUGAGCAGCUUGGUUGCAAAGCCGCACUUGGACAGCUGGGACCGGUCCAGGCUGUUGAUCAACACACACCGGGUGGAUGGAAGCUACGAGCUGGACGAAAGCAUCACCGACCGAUGCGACUAUGAAUAUCUCUACACACGAUCGCCCUUUUUCCGUCGAGACAUUUCGCGCUACCUCUCCUUUAUCCUAGGCCAGAUUGGCCCCCACCGCGACCUUACCAAGAAGGCGCGAACGACGUUAAUCUCGACCACGUUCCCCGACGUACAUGCCGCGCUUCCGAAUUUGGAUAUCUUGUCGGUUGGUGCGGAUGCGAUAGAGAUUCGGGUGGACCUGCUCGAAGAACCUCUGGCGGAUGGGACCAUCAGCAAGGUGCCCAGCCUCAAGUAUGUGGGCGAGCAGGUCAUGGUGUUGCGCCAGCGCACUGAGCUGCCCAUCAUCUUUACAACGAGGUGCACAAAGGAGAACGGCCGAUUUCCCAUGGACGACCCUUCGCUCUACUACCGAUACCUUGCGCGCGCGAUACAAUGGGGCUGCGAGUACAUUGACGUGGAGCUGUGGCUGCCCGAGGAAAUCCGCAAGAAGUUGGCUGAGAAUAAGGCAUGCACCAAGAUCAUCUCGGCCUUUCACGACUUCUCGGGCACCUUCAAGUGGACGUCACCUGAAACGCAAAGGCUGUUCGAGAUGGGGGCGGUGUAUGGAGACAUUGUCAAGAUGUAUGCGCUGGUCAACUCGAUGCAGGAGAACUACGAGCUCGAGUACUUCCGGUCGACGAUUCAAGCCAAGUACCCACACCCGCCCUUCUCUGGACUUAACAUGGGGCCUAUGGGUCAGCUCUCAAGGACUCUCAACAAGAUAUUCACUCCCAUUACGCACCCACUGUUGCCCAUGAUUGCAGCGCCGGGGCAGCUGAGUGCAGCCGAGAUCAAUGCGGCGCUGCACACCAUGGGCCAGAUGCCGAAGCGGGAUAUAUACGGGAUUGGAAGCUUCCGGUCGACGUCGCAGGCCAUGUUUUUUGAGAAGUGCUUCAAUGAGCUUAGCCUGCCGCAUUCAUUUAGCUUUGCCGAGAGAGGGCCAAAGGCAUCGAUUGAGCACAUUCUCCGGCGCAACAACUUUGGGGGGGCCUAUAUCAACCCGCCGCUGGGAGCGUCUGCGCCAUACCUACCGUCUCUGUCGAAUGCGGCGCGGGCUAUUGGCCAGGUUGACACGGUGUUAGUGCCGCCGGGAAGCAGCAAUGCAUCGCUGAUUGGUGACAAUACUCGGUGGAAGGGGAUACGAGCGACACUGACACGCGACUUUGUACCGUCGGCAUACAGCGGGCAGGCAGCGCUGUUGCUAGCCAACAACGAGGGUGAUGCAUCGGCGUCUAUUUUCGCACUCAAGAACCUAGGCAUCGGGCCUAUCUACACUAUAGGGUUCAAGUCACAUGGUCCAUUAUCUACUGACGUGUCGCCGGUGCGGUCGAUUGAAGAUGUCAAGCGACUGCAACAGCCGUUUGUGAUUAUCUCAGCGCUGCCGGCGGAGAAGUCGCUGCUGGUGGUGCCCCUGCUGAAGCACUACCGGGUGGCUGGGCGCAACGGCAGUCCCGAGGGCAGCCCCAAGGUACUCGGAGCGGUGGGGACCAAGACAGCAGGCAAGGUGUUUGUCGACCUGGCAAGUGGGCCGCGCAAGGUGGACACAUUGGAGAUUGCAACGUCGGCAGGCUGGACAGCGUAUGGGAUUGCUGAUGUGUCUGCAUGGACGACGGUGGAGACGAUUAGGAAGCUGGUUGGGCAAAACGUGUGCUAUGACUUUGUGCGACUGGCAUGUGGGCGGGGGCACUUUUAA